AUGUCCAGCGCAGGCAAGUUGUUCCGCUUCGCAAAGGAGACAGUCAGCGCCCUCGAAGAGGGCAAGCCGCACUCCUCCAUCACAGACUGGAUCGAAGUCCUCUCUUCCGAUAGGUACUCGGAUCUCAGUCUGGAUGGUAUCCCGGAGCUUGUAGAUGCUGUCAACAUCCAGAAGCUGCAGGGUACUACUGAGGCAGCCCGUGCUAUCAGAAAGAAGCUCAAGUAUGGGAACGUCCACCGUCAGAUCAGGGCCCUCAUCAUCUUGCGUGCUCUCACUGAGAACGCCAGCAAGGGGUUUCAGCUCAACUGGGCGAAUGAGCAGCUGAUGGAGAGACUCAAACUCAUGGCGACCGAUCAACUGACAGACCCGAAAGUCAAGAAGACGCUCAUACUCGUCUUCCACUCAUGGGCCUUGCACUACAAGGACGAACCUCGAAUGACUGAAGUAGCCGGCCUGUGGCGCAAGUACAGCUCGCAAGGCAAUCAUCCCUCUGUCAAGAAACCUACUUCGGGAGCAGCCGUCUCUGGCGCCCGGUCGACUACGGACCAAGAUAUCUUCUCGCACGACUGGAAUCCUGCCCCUGGGUCUCGUGGGGCUGACACCUACACCGACCUCGCCGCUGCCAAGGCCGAUGCCGCCCAACGUAAACGUGAGCGUGAAGCUCAACUCGCGCUCGAACAGCGUGAAGCCGAGAUCGAAAGGCGAGAGAGGGAGAUGAAGAGGAAGAAGGAUAUGGAGGUGGUGGAGAACAGGAGAAGGAAAGAGAGGGAGGAAGAGGAGGAGAGGAGAAGAGCGGCAAAGGAGGCGGCGAAGAAUAAGAAGGCUGCCCCAAAGAAGCCGCCCUUCAACUUUGAGAAGGAGAAGCCGGCUAUUAUGGUGGCUGUGGCGGAGGCUAUCAGGAGUGCCAGCAACUUGCUCAACGCGUGUAGACUCGUCAAUCGUGAACACGAAACUGUCACUGAAAGCCCCAGGGUGCAAGAUUGCCUCGACAAAGCCAAGGUUGCCAGACGCGCCAUCAUCCGAUACAUCCAAGUCGUCAACGACGAGGAAUACGUCGGCGCUUUGCUCGACGCUAACGAAAAGAUCGUCGAAGCGAUCCAACUCUACGACCGCCUUUCCAAACCCGCCGUCCUCGAUUCCGACUCUGAAGACGAAGCUGACAACGUCGCCUCCCUCAACGCCCGUCUCGCCGCCCAGCGCCUCGAAGCAGACCGUACCGGCGAGCUCGACAAACUACAAGAUACCCAGAAACGCGAGUCUGCCAAGAGACAGGCAAAGACGCUGCAGAGACAGGCGAGUUAUGCCAAUACGCCGCCAAAGGCUUCUGCACCUGGCGCUGCGUAUGGGGAUCUGCAAGAUUUGGACUUUGGGAGUAUCGCAAAGACGGAAGGGGCGGGUAGGCUGCCGAGGCCGUUGACGCCGGAUUCGGGGGAUGAUCAGUCGUAUGGCGGUUCUCUCUCUGACUUCUCCGACUACGACUCGUCAGACGCCGAAUGGCAAGCCGCCCACGGCCCCUCCGCCCUCGCGCACAAACGCGCCUCCAUCUCCCAAGCUGCUGCCGCUGGAAAGGGGAAGGAGCGAGCGACGGAUUAUGCAGAGCUUGAUGAUGAAUUUGGAAGGAGCGGGUUGUUGGAUGAUAAGGACGAGGAGGCGAAUCCGUUCGGGGAUCCUUUUGCGGAUGAGGCUGAUACGCCGGUGCAGGAGAAGCAGAGGAUGCAGUGGGCUGAGAUCUAG